AUGAAAAUAUCAAAAUUGCAUUACACUGCCGCCUUGACCGCCGUCCUCUGUUCCACAUUCUACCUCUUAGGUAUUUGGCAGAACAGUUUUCACGGCGUCUCAAACUCAAACCCCAUCUCCACCGUCCAAAUCUCCUCCACCCACAUUCCCAAACCGCUCGAUUUCACCGGACCCACCUCGCCGGAAAAUCAAGAUCCCUUCCCUUUAUGCUCCUCUAAUUUAACCGAAUACACUCCCUGCGAGGACCCAACUCGAUCCUUCAAUUUCCCUAGAGAGAGACUCAUUUACGUAGAAAGACACUGUCCUCAGAAAGAAGAAAUCUUGAAUUGUAGAAUUCCGGCGCCAAAUGGAUACCGGAGAACAUUCCGAUGGCCGGAAAGUAGGGAAUGGGUGUGGUACGCCAAUGUGCCACAUAAACAUUUGACGGUUGAUAAAGGUGGACAGAACUGGGUCCAGCUUAAACGGGAUCGGUUUAGAUUUCCCGGCGGAGGGACGAUGUUCCGACGAGGCGCCGACGGGUAUAUUGAUCAAAUUGGGAAGUUUAUUAAUCUAAAAGAUGGGUCUGUUCGUACUGCCAUAGAUACCGGCUGCGGGGUUGCUAGUUGGGGUGCAUAUCUAAUGUCAAGAGGGAUCAUAACCAUGUCAAUUGCACCAAGAGAUAAUCAUGAAGCUCAAGUCCAGUUUGCUUUGGAAAGAGGAGUACCGGCUUUGCUAGGGAUAUUUGCAUCAAUCCGAUUACCAUUUCCUUCUCGAUCAUUCGAUUUAGCCCAUUGUUCGCGAUGUCUCAUUCCUUGGCACCUCUACGAAGCCCAAUAUUUACACAGAUUGGAUCGCAUAUUACGACCGGGCGGUUAUUGGGUUCUAUCCGGGCCGCCGAUAAAUUGGAAAACUCACUGGAAAAGCUGGAAGCUGAAGAGCGCCGAUGAUCUGAAGUCCGAACAGGAAACCAUCGAGAGUAUCGCAAGAAACCUAUGUUGGGAGAAGUUAGUUGAGAAAGACGAUAUAGCCAUUUGGCGAAAACCAUUCAAUCAUAUUCACUGCAAGAUCAACAAUCCAAUCCCGUUUUGCCAAACCCAUGACCCAGAUUCAGCAUGGUACACGAAGAUGGAGAGAUGUAUAACUCCACUGCCUGAGACUGAUGAUAGGGUCAAAUGGCCGGAGAGAUUGACUGCAAUCCCAGGUGGGAUAACAGAGAAGAUAUUCAGGGAGGAGAAUGAGAAAUGGAAGAAGAGAUUGGUUUAUUAUAAGAGACAUGAUUCUCAAUUAGGUGAGAAAGGAAGGUAUAGAAAUUUACUGGAUAUGAACUCUUUCUUGGGAGGAUUUGCAGGUUCUAUGAUUGAUGAUCCAGUUUGGGUUAUGAAUGUUGUUCCUGUUGAGGUUACCAAUUUUGUUAGUAGCAACACUCUUGGAAUUAUAUAUGAACGUGGAUUGAUUGGAACCUAUCAGAAUUGGUGUGAAGCCAUGUCUAGUUAUCCAAGAACAUAUGAUUUCAUUCAUGCUGAUUCGGUUUUCAGUCUUUACAAAGGAAGGUGUAGAAUGGAGGAUAUCAUGUUGGAAAUGGACAGACUUUUGAGGCCUGAGGGCAGUGUGAUUAUAAGAGAUAGUGGGGAUAUUUUGAUACAUGUGAAGACUUUUGCAGAUAGGCUUGAGUGGGAUAACAUGAUUUUAGAUAGUGAAGAAGGACCACUAGACCAAAACAGGCUUAUGUUUGCCACCAAAAUCAACAAACAACAAAACUUGGGAAGAACAAGAAAAUCUGGUUCUAGUUGAGACUCUAAGGUUUUGUCAUUAGUACUGGUAGAGAACAAGAUCUCAUGGUG